CUAAGAGAAGUUCCCACAUAGGAAGAAGUAACAACAAAGUACCGGCGGCUGCUGCGAGCGCGGAAGAGCCAAGUGAAAGACAAAGUUUGGAUUCAGCUUUCCGCGUGAAAAUGGAGUCUCCGCCUUUAGAGAUGGACGGCAGUGUGAUGGAAGGAGGCGGCCAGAUACUGAGGCUGUCUGCGGCACUGAGCUGCAUCACCGGAAUAGCUGUCAAAAUCUCCAAAAUACGAGCUGGUAGAAGCACACCGGGUCUCAGGCCUCAGCACUUGAGCGGCCUGCAGCUGGUCUCAGACCUGUGUUCCGGAAGCCUGCAGGGGGCCACAAUCAGCUCCACUGACAUCAGCUUGGCACCAGGAAAGAUUCUGGCUGGCAACCACACAGCUGACACGCAGACAGCAGGGAGUGUGUGUCUGCUGCUGCAGGCUGCUCUGCCUUGCACUCUGUACGCUGACGCCGCCUCACAGCUCUGCCUUAAGGGAGGAACCAACGCCGAAAUGGCCCCUCAGAUCGAUUACACCGUGAAGGUCUUCAAACCUAUUGUGGAAAAAUUUGGUGUGAACUUCAACUGCGAUAUCAAAAUGAGGGGGUUCUACCCAAAAGGCGGAGGGGAAGUGAUGGUGACUGUGAAUCCGAUCAAGGAGCUGCAGCCCAUCGUCAUGACAGAGAGAGGAAACAUCACCAAGAUCUACGGCCGAGCAUUUGUUGCUGGUGUUCUGCCUUUUAAGCUGGCAAAAGAUAUGUCCGCAGCAGCCGUUCGGACCAUCAGGAAAGAGAUUAAAGAACUCUACAUCAAUAUCCAGGCGUUGCAGGAGAAGGACAAAGCCUUUGGGAACGGCAAUGGAAUCAUCAUCAUUGCAGAGUCGUCUACAGGAUGCAUCUUUGCGGGCUCAGCGCUUGGGAAGAAAGGUGUAUAUGCAGAUAAAAUUGGUAUUGAAGCUGCUGAGAUGUUGCUGAGGAACAUCCGACACAACGGCUGUGUGGACGAGUUCCUGCAGGAUCAGCUCAUCAUCUUCAUGGCACUGGCAAAGGGAACCUCUCGGAUACGGACUGGCCCCGUAACUCUGCACACACAGACGGCCAUCCACGUGGCAGAACAGCUGACUCAGGCAAAAUUCACGAUUAUGAAGUCGGAUGAUGAGCUAAGCGGCAACCCCACCUACAUCAUCGAAUGUCAAGGUGCCGGAAUCACCAACCCCAACCUGUAGAUACACACUUGCGCACGUAUGCAUUCUCUGUAGCUGCUCUACUGUAGAUCCUCUCUGCUUUUUGUCUCAGGGUCUUUCUCUUAGUUGUUAAUGAAUUCAAUAAAUUUGUUCAUGAAAA